GAGUGGGCGAGUGCUGUAAGAUCCAUUAGCAGGGCUUUUCUUUGGGUUUGUUGGAUAUUUUGGCUCGCAGCCCAACCGCCGUUUUUGUAAUCAAGGCAUGUUCGCAUGUGCUUCCCCGAGCCGCGUCGGCUGUCUGCCGCUUGGAACGAUCCCAGAAUUCCCUGCUGACAUGCACAGAACCAGUCCCACAGAGAUGAUGACGGGGAUGAAGAAGGACCAGAAGGAUGCAGAGCUCAAUAGAAAGAUUGAGGCCUUACGAAAGAAAAAUGAAGCACUUAUGAAACGCUACCAGGAGGUGGAGGAAGAUAAAAAGCGGGCAGAACAGGAAGGGAUGUCACUGCACAACAGGAAGGGAAAAUCAGAUGAUCUGACCAUCACCAUCAAUAAAUCAUCCAACGAGCAGCGUGUCGUUACUCAGAGAUCGUGCCCCAGAGGGCCAAACCCCACAUCACAGCAGGAGAAGGAGCCUGGAGAUCCUGACAGCAUCUUCAGCAUCGGAAGAGGAAAGAGGAGACAACUGCUUGUCACAACAUCAGGAAACAUCAAGGGUAAGAGAGUGUUUGGUGAAAGGAAGGACAGAAAUCGCCCUGUGAGUCCAGUGAGGUUGAAGCCCUCUGUUGAGGAAGCGCUGGAGUCCAGCACACGAGUGAAACGCCCUUCGUCCACAAAGACACAGGCAACCGAGGGGUCUGAUCUACUAAAUUUCGGUGACUCUAACCUCCUUUCGUCCAGAGAAGAGCAGCUGGAGUACCUGCGAUGGAAGAAAGAACGCGAGGAGAUCGACAGAGAGCGAGUCGCCCGACACAAAAACGCCAAAGGCCAGUGGAGAAGAGCCUGGGACCUGGACAAGACCGAUCUGAUGUUUUCUGAAAAAGCACAUGGAGGAACAGACAGAGAAACACACAACAGAGGAAUUAAAAAUGCCAGAAGAGGAAAUAUGAGCUCCGAAGAAUCCAGACCAAUGGCAGACAGGGGGCGGGGCGCGCGGGACAGGAAGGGUAAGAGUGUUCCAGGGAUGGGCAGUAAAGCGAAGGGUAAAGACCGCCUGACGGGUCGAGCCACAAGAUGUGAUGCUAAAGAACAGGAAGAGCAAUUACAGGUUUAUCUAGAGAGCAGUCUUCAAGAGUUCCUGGAGGAACUAGAUACUCUUUGUGGUCCUGAGGUGGAAAACAUCAACUCAGACACUGAAAACCAAGACGAUGUUCAGAACACAAAGCUCCGUGCAUCUGAAGAGUCCUUCAAAACGCAGGAAACCAUUAGUGUUGUGACCUCUGACUGGUCAGAAGACAAGAAUGGACAUAUUUCCACUGAAACGUCUCAUUCAGAGACGUCCUGUCUUAGGGCCUUAGGGAAAAGGGUACGAUUUUCAGAAGAACUCAUUGACGGAGCUAAAGAGAACAUCUCCAACUGUGUUACUAUAGAAACCAAGACCAGUGUGCGAAAAACACACGCUUGGGGUACGAGCGGCUCCACGGGGGGAAAUGACAAACAAAUGUCAACACAAAAUGAGGAUGAUAGUGAAUGUGUCCAGACAGCGGAGAUGAAUGUUGAAGGUACCGAGGUGAAGCGAAUCAAUCCAGAACAGGAAGUCUGUGAGAAGAAACUUCCAGAAAUACAUAAUGUAACUAAAGCGCCUGGAAAUGAAGCCAGUGAAGCGUCUUGUCCCAGAUCCGGUUCAGAAGAUGGACAUGGUUGUAUUUCAGUAAAAUCGGGUCAGAACCAGCCUGUAGAAAACACCAAGAACUGCUCUUCAAGAGGAAACGAAGAUCUAAUUGACUCCGGUCUGUCUGUCUUGAGUCUGGAGUCUAGAGACCCUCUUCCAGACCACAACACCAGCACUGAUAUGGCAAGAGAGAAUGGGAAAGUUGUUUAGAUGGAAACUGAUGUCUGGAGCGAAACUUCAUGCACUAAAACCAAAAAUUGGACUCCAUUUCAGAGGUGUUUCGUUUCUGGUGGAGCAAAGUCACUAUUCUGACUUUUUAAACUACUGUAUUUGAAGAAUAUUUUUAAUAUUGGAAAAGUUUGAACGUUGUGUAAUUUAUUGAAGGCUGAAUGUUGACUGAUGGUAAACACUGUAUGUGAGAUUUUAUUUAUUUUUUAUUUUUUACGAUUGUUUUCAGAUUAGUUCAUUAAGUUUUGUUAGGUUAGAUAACGCACUGAGCUGCCCAACCCAAAUUUCAGACACUUUUGUAUCUUUGGUGGUUUGGCGGCACUUUAAAAGAGGACUGAUCAUUUUAAAUAAAAGCACUGCAAAGCAACUUGAAUGUGUAAUUUUAUGAAGUUUAAUGCAGCAAACGAGUAGACACAGUGGCUUAUAUUAAAUAUAUCUACUUUACGAGCGCACGUGUCAAGGGGUUUUGGAAGUUGUGUGGAAUUUGGAAAGUUCACAUGGAUUGUUAAUGUAUGUUAAUUAGCACUUUAUUUUAAAUGAAUGUUACAUUUGAUCUGAAAUGUUACCUGAAAAGCAGAACCAUUUCUUUGAUUGUAUUAUCAGAUUACAUCUUUUAAUCUGAUCUUUUGCAAUGCAGAAUCCUUUUAAUAUUUUUAUUUUAAAAAUUACUACAAAAUGUUUACAACUUGAAUCUGCACUUUUUAUUUUAUUUUAUUUUUUUGCUAACAAAUGGGCAAGUUUGAAGCAAGUUUUCUUGCCCCAGGUAGUUUACGAAGUAGAUUUCAUUACUAAUUGUUAUCGUUUGUUGUGACUAUAAUGUCAUCGUACUCAGUAUUUAAGAGUCUAAAUGAUUUGGACUUUUGGUCGUGUUACAGUUUGAUGUAGAAAGAUGAGACGACACUUAAAGGAUUAAUGUUUAAAGUGGCUAGAGUUUGAUUUUUGUAUUUUAUGGUCACUUUCAUUAAGCAUUUUGUGUUCAUUCAGCUUUUAAAUGAAAAUGAAAUGUUCAUAUAAAAAAGAAAAAUCAACAUUAAUAAAAAAUGUUACCAGCCAUAUGAUGUGAUGCUUCAGCUUUUUCCAUGGAACAAAUUCAUUUCUAACCUUUUGUAAGUUUAAAGGAUUAGUUCAUCCAAAAAUGUAAAUUCAGUCAUUGUUCAUUCACCCCUGUGUUGUUAUAACCCUACAUGACUUUCUUUUUCUGAACACAAAGGGAGAAAUUGUAAAAAGAAAAUUGUGUUCAGAAAGGCUGGGCAUAGAAAUGCAUCAACUCUUGGACUACAAACUCUUCAGACAUGUUUAGUAAGUUCUGUUCUCUGUUUUGUGUGCAGCUGUGUUGUGUUCUGUUGUCACUAUCACUGUUUUUAGAUAAAACGAGUUUUCGCUUGAACGCCCCAAUGUCACGAGGGUUCUGCGUGAACUGCUGCUCUCUUGUCCUAUCAUGGACACACACAGGAGAUCAAUGAACGAGGAGGUCAGUGAACAUUUACACUAAAUAAUACAUUAGAUUUCAGUUUGUUUCUCAUCAAAUCUUAUCGUAUGCUUUAAUAACAAUCAUGAGUCUCAUGGAAUAAUUUAUUAGACUUCUGAAUUAUACUUUUGUGUUCUUUUGAAGCUUGAAGAGGUGGUCACCAUAAACUGCCAUUGUAUGACAUCACUGAGCUCAACAUUUCUUCACAAUUUCUCCCUUUGUGUUCAGAAAAAGAAAGUCAGUCAUAUAGAGUUAUAACAACACAGGGGUGAGUAAACAAUGACUGAUUUUACAUUUAUAGGUGAACUAAUCCUUUAACUUCAUCUUCUUUUGAGAAAUGUAGUUUUUAAUAAACUAAAAGUACAUAUAAAACACCUUUUACUGUACACUAAAAAAUAUAUCUUUGCCUAUUUUUAAGAUUUAUGCAUUUCAAUUUCAUAACAAAAUGCCAUCAAAAUAUUUAGGGUUAUUUUGUUUUAUUAUAGAUUACUUCAUUUGAUGGAAGUUUGCUAUGAAAUUUAAAUGCAUAAAUGUUUAUUUAUUUAUUAAGUUUAUGCACUCUCACACUACAACUAAGAUCGCUGCCUUUAGAAAGCAGUCAUGAUAUUAGUAUUGUAUCAAUUAUAUAAGAGGUAACAUACAUGCUACUAUUUCAAUUGACAGUUUCUCAAUGUCAGAUUUUAAUUGAAGACUGUAUAUUCUCCUAAAAGUGAUGUAGCUGAAUGUAUCAGCCUAUAUAUAGGAAUAUCUUUUAGUUUGUUGAAACUGCAUUUUUGUAAAUUCCCUGUUGAUAAGUUAUUUUUGUCCAUGUUUUGAUUUAGUCACAUGAUGUUGAAUCAUUCCCAGUUUUACCAUUUGAGGUUUUAAGGGGCCUGUUACUCAUCCACUGUAUGAACAUUUUGUGCUGUACUGAAUUCUACCACAUCCUGUCACUUAAAGACGUCAAAAUAAAGUCCAUAGAUAGAUAGAUAAACAAACAUAGAUUUCUGUUUAAUUUUUUCUGUUUUUGUUUUGACCUCACCUGAUCCCUUGAAGAGGGUGGAGCUUAUCAAGCAUUUACCAGUUAAUUAUUUUGAUGUAAUUCCAUUUACUUGAUUGAUCUUUUUGAAUUGUUGUAGUGUUCCUGGCUCAA